CUGGAUUCUAUUUAAAAUAGUAUAAUAGAUGGAAUUACAUCUAUUGUUUUGGUUACAAUUAAUAAAGAACUUCAAGUUUGCUUCAGAAUCUUGAUCUAGACACCAAAAAAUUAAAUUAAUCCUUCUACUUAUAGCUUCCACAUCUUUUGAAAUUCUUACUCUUCUCUCUGGUUCCUUUAACCUGUUUCAUAUACUUUAUUUUCAAAUUUUAUAAUUUUAACCAAAUAAUGACAACAAAGAAGUGUUAAAACCUCGAAUCCAUCCAAAAUUAUAAUUGAAAUUUCCAAGAAUCCCAAGUCUCAAUUUUCUACUCUAAUCCUCCAUUCUCCCUUUUCCAAGGCCAUCUAGCAAUAUAUUAAGCUCCAAAUGGCAAAAUACAACAAUUCCUCUUAGGAAUUCUUAAAAAUACCCAUAAACUUUUGAAAGUGCUCAUUCCUGUCUCUUAAUUCGACCCUAUGCUAAAUAAUUGACAAUUAAAACUCUUCAUCUUUUAUUCUCCUAUCCUCAAGAGUCCCUUCCCAAUUUGGGAACAUAUUUUGUCUCUUACUAAGUCCUCAUUC